AUGGAAUAUUAAUAUUCAGGAAGUUGCCAUUGUCAAAAGGUGCAAUUUCAAUUUACAGGACCUCUGGAGAUGGAAGUAAUCAGAUGUCAUUGUUCAAUCUGCAAAAUGAAACAAAAUCAUCAUGUAUUGAUUCAAGAUUCCAAAUUUAAAAUGCUCACAAGUAUGGAAGAACUGAGUCUAUACACAUUCAAUACCAAACAAGUAUGAGUGACUCAAUUUGAUAUUUAGGCUAAGCAUUACUUUUGCAAGACUUGUGGAGUGCAAUCCUUUUUUUAUCCCAGAUUUAACCCUAACAUGAUUGCAGUGACCAUCUAUUGUGUGCAAUUACCAUCUAAUGCCAAGUUGACAUACGUGACUUAAGGACUUGAAUAAUCAAUUAAAGAAACAAUUAAACAAUGA